AUGAUAAACUUUUUACUAUUAUUUAGUCGUCAAGGUAAAGUGCGGCUGCAGAAAUGGUAUAGCUCUUAUACGGAGAAGGAAAAGAAGAAGUACUUGCGUGAAAUUAUAUCCCUUGUGUUUGCGCGGAAACCAAAAAUGUGUUCCUUUCUUGAAUGGCAAGAUCUAAAGAUUGUAUAUAGAAGAUAUGCAAGUCUGUAUUUCGUAUGCGCCAUUGAUCAAACGGAUAAUGAACUGAUCACUUUGGAGAUUAUCCAUCGCUAUGUGGAGAUUUUAGACAAAUAUUUUGGAAAUGUCUGUGAAUUAGACAUUAUCUUCCAUUUUGAAAAAGCGUACUUUGUUUUGGAUGAAUACUUGUUAGCUGGUGAAGUUCAAGAAACUGGUGCGAAAGAAAUACUUUCUGUUAUAGACGCACAAGAUAUUAUCCAAGAAGUGGGUUGUGUAAUUAUAUACUACUGA